UCCGGCGAGUAGCUGGCGGUCUCUGGUGUUGCUGGUCGGUGUUCUCUGAGGGAGGUUUAGAGCCCCUCUCCGCCUCCGGUGGAGCCCCUAGGGCCGUAGUAAGCAUUAAUAAUGUCUUUCAUCUUUGAAUGGAUCUACAAUGGCUUCAGCAGUGUGCUCCAGUUUCUAGGGCUCUACAAGAAAUCUGGAAAACUUGUAUUUCUGGGUUUGGACAACGCAGGCAAAACCACUCUUCUUCACAUGCUCAAAGAUGACAGAUUGGGCCAACAUGUUCCAACACUACAUCCGACGUCAGAAGAACUGACAAUUGCUGGCAUGACUUUCACAACUUUUGAUCUUGGUGGGCAUGAGCAAGCACGUCGAGUUUGGAAAAAUUAUCUCCCAGCAAUUAAUGGGAUUGUCUUUCUGGUGGACUGUGCAGAUCAUCCUCGUCUCAUGGAAUCCAAAGUUGAACUUAAUGCUUUAAUGACUGAUGAAACAAUAUCCAAUGUGCCAAUCCUUAUCUUGGGUAACAAAAUUGACAGAACAGAUGCAAUCAGUGAAGAAAAACUUCGUGAGAUAUUUGGGCUUUAUGGACAGACCACAGGAAAGGGGAAUGUGACCCUGAAGGAGCUGAAUGCCCGCCCCAUGGAAGUGUUCAUGUGCAGUGUGCUCAAGAGGCAAGGCUAUGGUGAGGGCUUCCGCUGGCUCUCCCAGUAUAUUGACUGAUGUUUGGACAGUGAAAAUAAAGAGUUUUACUUCUCUGGACUGAUCCUAUUCACAGCUUCCUCAUGAACUUUUCUAAUAGAACAAGGAAAGCUCUCCAACCGUGUCUGGCAUUGAGAAGCCAAGAGUCUCUGUCAACUCUCUCAUCGCCCAGUGGUGACAUGUGCUCUUCACACUGUUGGGAGGUAAUGCUGCCCCACGUGCUGGUGCAGGUCAGUAUCCCGGAACUUGGAAGCUGGCAGGAUUUGCCUGGAAAAGCUGUGUGCCAUCAUGGGCUACCUGAAAAGAAAAACACGUCUCACCACUGUGGUUGAUUUCAAAAGAAAGUGAUUCUAUUUUUUAAAGAAAGUAUUGUUAACAUAAUUGGUAUCCAUCCUAACCUUUUGAGUUCACAAUUUACUUGGUCCAGAGUUUUCUAUUUUUUUUUUAAAAACUAGUAAAUGGCAUUUAGAUACUUCCUAAAAUUAUGAACAGAUAAACAUGGGAGGCCAGAGCUCAGCUGGGUGAAUUUAUUCCUGCUGGGUUAGCAGGUUGGUGAGAGAAGCUCCCCUGAGCUCCCUUGUCUCUAUAGUAAGUGGCAUCACCUUGUGCACAGAGAACUAGAAAAGGGGCAGAACCCUGGCCUCACAGUUGCAGCAGGUUUCUACUGUGGUAAGCUAGGGUCAUUCCUCCUCAUGGAAUGUGGAGCAGACUGUUCACUGUGGAGGAGUUCAUUAUAGAGUGGGUUAUUGUUAUUUUUUUUACUUGUAAAGUUACAAAUUUCAGCCAGUCUUUGCUUUUAUACUGAUGUGAAAUUGCAGUUCUCUCUAUAACACCUUCCUUUUUCAUUUUCAGUUACAAAAAGUAACUUUUGCAUCUCAUGUUGUCACAUGCUACAGGUGUGUCUCAGUUACUUUUGCACAGAUUCAAGGGGGAAAAUUUUCUGAAUAGGAGGACAGAAGACAAAGUUAACAGCUUAAAGGCUCUUAAUUCUGUGAGUUGAGGACUUAAAAACCUGGUAUUAUAGGACUUCUUUGAAUCUAGGAAAGAUUUAAUCAGUGAGCUAUAAAAUUUCCACUUGCAGAAUUUGGUCUCUUUGUUGGGCUGUUGAUGAGUUCUUUUUCUUACAUCUUUUCUCCUUAUGGGUUAUCUAUUUUGUUGGUGUGUAAGUAAAGGUUAACAUCUAUAACUUUUCCAGAUUUUUUUUGUUAUGAAAUUGCCUUUCUCCAUUCCAGAAAUAAUAAGCUGGGGAAAACACUAACCCAAGAACUUUCCGUAGAGCUGUUCCUUUGGAGGAAGCAUCACUUAUUGUCAGUAAACACCCAGUAUAAAAGCAUCCGCAUCCCCACUUGUGUGAUGAUGAUUAUUUUUACAGCAUUCCAUUUUCUUAGUGCCACGUGUGAAAUUGGAUUUUCAUGAUCUUAACCUAUAUUUUACCCUUGUAGUAAAAGAUGAAAAGAUGAAAGGAGAUGGUUUUAAGACAGGAGGAUAUGUUUAUUCAUUUUUCCUUUAAUUAAAGAUUAGAGGUAGUUUCCUCAAAAUUGAAAAAUGUGAUGAUAAUGAUGCUUUUUUGCAGAGGAUUGAACUAAAUCAAGUGGAUUCCUUCUAGUGUGAGGGUAGGAAAAGUGUGGAUAACAUAUUCCUGGGGUGUGAGAGUAUUGUUCUUUAGUUGGAUUUCUCAUUCUUAGUUUAGUACUGACCUGUUGGGAAAAUAUACUUUUUUCACUGCCAGGUACCAAAUGCAGAGGCUGUGUGAAGUGUAAGUCUAGGAAGUACGUGCAUUUCAUUUAUUAGCAAGCAUAGCUGGAUUAAGACAAAAUUGUUGGUUUGGAAAGGGGUUAAAGCCUUAAGUGAACAAAUCUAGCUAGCGGUGAAUGAACUAAGUAGUUAACUUGCAUAGUUCUUAUUUCCUUGGGCUAAAGGUUACCCAUACUUCUCUAUCCAGAGACAUGAGGAGUAUGAUUAUUUCAGUGUUAGUUUUCUUGUUUUUGUUUUUUUCCUAUUUGUCCCUAAUCACUUUGUAGCAAGCUAGAAAACUGUGGGUUCUACAUAGGGCAGCUCUUUGUGAAAGUGGUUUAUUUUGGCCACUGGAGAAAGAGGGAAUUGAAAAGUCAAGUAGCACCAGUCUAUUUCUUGCCCCACAGAACACCAUUCCUAUAAUAAGAUAGUUGAAAGAAGCUGCUGUGAGGAGCUCAGCUCCAAACAGAGGAUCAGAGCCUUGUACAGGAACUCCCAUGAAUUGAGACUUUUCAUUCUGUCUUGUCAGAGUGCACAUAUGUCCUAUUUCAGGAAAAGUAAAAGUCAUUUACAAAAAAAAGUCUGUAUCCUAAGCAUUUUAAUAAAAAGUUAAACUUGUUA